UUCACAGUCGAUGCUUGUGUAAAUCGAUGCAGCCUGUUGAGAGGGAAGUUUCCGCCUCCUUUGCAAUAGGCGUCUGUCACCAGAGCAGUCAGUGAGCAGACGGAACUACCUCCACGGUCACACUGAAUAUGCCGGGACUGCUGCUCGGAGAUGCAUUUCCUAAUUUCGAGUUGGAGACCACCAUUGGCACAAUUAAACUGCACGAAUUUCUCGGUGAUUCGUGGGGAGUCCUGUUCUCCCACCCCAGAGAUUACACCCCGGUGUGCACCACAGAGCUGGGUCGAGCUGCCAGACUGAGCAGUGAGUUCAGUAAACGCGAAGUCAAAAUGAUCGCCCUCUCCAUCGACUGCCUGGAGGAUCACCACGGCUGGUCCAAGGACAUCCUGGCAUACAACUGUGAGGAGUCUGCUUGCUGCUCGCUGCCCUAUCCCAUCAUAGCGGACAGUAAACGGGAGCUGGCAGUGGCCCUGGGCAUGCUGGACCCAGAUGAGAAGGACAAAGAUGGCCUGCCGCUCACUGCCCGCUGUGUGUUUAUCAUCGGCCCUGACAAAAAGCUCAAACUGUCACUCCUCUACCCGGCCACCACGGGACGCAACUUUGAUGAGAUUUUGCGAGUGGUGGACUCGCUCCAGUUGACAGCAGGGAAACGACUGGCCACACCUGCCGACUGGAGGCCUGGAGACUGUGUGAUGGUCCCUGCCAACAUGUCUGAGGAGGAGGCCGCCUCUAUGUUCCCAGAUGGUGUCUACUCCAAAGACCUGCCCUCUGGCAAGAAGUACCUGCGCUACACCCCCCAGCAAUAGUCACGGGCAGAGACAGCACUGAUAUUCAACACUCAUUUAUGUUCCACUCUAUCCAGCAGCUCUUGUUCUUGGACCUUAAGGAUUUACAGCUCUGCUAGUUUUUGUCCCUACCAGUUAAAUAAACAAGUCAGCCGGCAUCCCAGUUAGGCAAAAUGGAAUAACAACCAAUGUCUUAAGGAGUAUGUAGGACUCUUCUAAAUCAGAGGUUUGAAGGGGGAUUACUUUCAGAAAGAUAUGGACGAGAUGGGAAUAUAUAUAUAUUUCAUAUUUAAAGAUACUUCAAACAGUUUAUGUGAUACUAUCAGGGUCAUGUGUAUUGUUUACCUAUACACCUGUAGUUUUUGGACCAUUGCAAGAGGAAGUGGUUUUUGGUUGUAGUUACACAAAGGAUGACCUAGUGAGAGCAAACAAUGCUAUGCCUAUGUAUUCAUAUUUUUUCUGAUGAGUGUACUUCAAUAAAAACAGUUUCACAUGGACAGUUGCCUACUUUCAACAUAACUGAUUACUAAAACUUGCAUUGGUUCUGCCAGGUCAUUUUUAAAUUUCAAUAAAAGUCUUUUGGAUUUGUAUCUACUGUAUAGUCC